AUGAUUUUUCAAAAAUACAACUUCCAUCUCUCCUUUUUUUCUCUCCCAUUCCCGACUCCACCUCAGUUUCUCCUACGCAUUCUGAAUUUCUGCCAUCCUCUCUCAAAAGUACUUUCCCUCCUGUUGCAAAUACAUUUUCUCUCAUUCUUAUCUCUCCCCCUCAGCCUCUCUUAUCCUCUUCUGCUGUUGCAAAUGAAUUUUCUCUCAUUUCUUGGCACAUUUUUGUCUAAUUUUUAUCACCAAGACACUACUUUCAUGAACACAUUCAUACACUAUCUCUCAAUAUUUCUUUUUCUCUCAAUAUUUCUUUCCUUCUUUUUCUCUCAAUAUUUCUCCUUCUUUUUCUCUCUCAAUAUUUCUCUUUCUUUUUCUCUCAAUAUUUCUCUUUUUCUUUUAAUAUUUCUCCUUCUUUUUCUCUUUCUUUUUCUCUCAAUAUUUCUCUUUCUUUUUCUCUCAAUAUUUCUUUCUUUUUCUCUCAAUAUUUCUCUUUUUCUUUUUCUCUCAAUAUUUCUCUUUCUUUUUCUCUCAAUAUUUCUCUUUUUCUUUUUCUCUCAAUAUUUCUCUUUUUCUUUUUCUCUCAAUAUUUCUCUUUUUCUUUUUCUCUCAAUAUUUCUCUCUUUCUUUUUCUCUCAAUAUUUCUCUCUUUCUUUUUCUCUCAAUAUUUCUCUCUUUCUUUUUCUCUCAAUAUUUCUCUCUUUCUUUUUCUCUCAAUACUUCUCUCUUUCUCAGUAUUUCUUUUUUUCCUUACCAGUAUUUCUUUCUUUCUCUUUUUCUUGCCACUUUGUCACACACAUAGUUUCAUUCUCUUACACAUUCUUCUGCUCUCUCUCUAUCCCCCUUUCUGCUAAAUACACUCUUUUUCCAUCUCUUAUCACAAAUAUUGCACCAACCCUCUCUCACAAUGGCAAUGACUUUCUCUCUGUCUCUCUCUCUCUCUCUGCUAAUCUCUUCAUAUCUAUCUAUCUCAGUCUCUUCACAUCAAUCAAUCUAUCCAAGCCUGUCCAUAUCUAUCUAUCUAAACAUUCCAUCUCUCUCUCUCUCUUUCCCCUGUCUCUCUCAUCAUACUUAAAUAUGCUUCCGGAACCAGUUGACAUCUUCCCUGUGAAUGCCGAAACCUUCCGCUUUUUGCUUUUUUCUUCUUUUUCAUCAAAGUUUAGCUUCCAGAACCAGUUGACGUCUUCCUUGCGAAUGUCGAAACCUGCUGCUUUCUGCUUUUUCCUUCUUUUUCAUCAAAUCUGUUCAUAUCUAUCUAUCUAUCUAUCUAUCUAUCUUAGUCUGUUCAUAUCUAUCUAUCUAUCUAUCUAUCUAUCUAUCUAUCUAUCUAUCUAUGUCAGUCUUUUCAUUAUCUAUCUAUCAAUCUAUCUAUCUCAGUCUAUUUAUUAUAUAUCUAUUUAUCUACCUCAAUCUAUCUAUCUAUCUAUCUAUCUAUCUAUCUAUCUAUCCCAGUCUGUUCGUAUCUAUCUAUCUAUCAUAGUCUAUUCAUAUCUAUCUAUCUAUCUAUCUAUCUAUCUAUCUAUCUAUCAUCUGUUCAUCUAUCUAUCAUAUCUUCUUUUCAUUAUCUAUCUAUCAAUCUAUCUAUCUCAGUCUAUUUAUUAUCUAUCUAUCUAUCUAUCUAUCUAUCUAUCUAUCUAUCUAUCUAUCUAUCUAUCUCAUAUGCUGCAAUUACUAGUGAAUAACAGUGCAGUGCAUUCAGCAGAUGGAUCUUUUCAACUUCAUAACAAUAGUGCGUGCAGAAGUUCUUAG